UGAGUUUAUGUUGAGUGCUAUAGGAAGGGGCUGGGUUAAGUGCCGUGUUUGUCUGUCAUUAAAAACUAAAACAGAAACUAUCUUAUUGUGAAUGAGCGAUUAUCUGUAGCAAAUUCUAACUCGAGAAAAGAAAAUGACACUCAAUAACAUGUGGUGGAGUGGAGCCAUUUGCCAAGGCUUUUUAUUGCUCAUUUGCCUUCUUGUCUAUGUUGAAGCAGUGCCUGUAGCUAUAGACAAAACAAAGAUAAACCCACCAGAGGAACAAAAAGAGAAAGAAAAAGGAAAUCCGGAUACUGGACUAUAUUAUGACCGUUACCUCAGGGAAGUCAUUGAUGUUCUGGAGACAGACCAGCAUUUCAGAGAAAAGCUUCAGAACACAGAUAUGGAAGAUAUCAAGGCGGGAAAGCUAGCCAAAGAGCUUGAUUUUGUAAGUCAUAAUGUAAGAACAAGGCUGGAUGAAAUGAAAAGGCAGGAAGUGAACAGGUUACGGAGCCUGAUUAAAGCCAAGCAAGAUGUGGAAACUGGAAAAGGCUUGGCUGUGGAUCAUGAAUCACUGUUGAAACAGUUUGAAUACCUCAACCAUGGGAACCCACAUAGCUUUGAGAUUGAAGAUUUGAAUAAGCUUAUUACAACGGCAACCAGUGACCUGGAAAACUUCGACAAGGAACACCAUGAUGAGUUUAAGAGGUAUGAAUUGAUGAAGGAACACGAAAGAAGAGAAUAUCUGAAGGCUCUGGAUGAAGAGAAGAGGAAAGCAGAAGAGCAGCAUUAUGAAGAAAUGAAAAAGAAACAUGCUGACCACCCCAAAGUAAAUCACCCGGGAAGCCAGGACCAGCUGAAGGAAGUCUGGGAGGAAACUGAUGGGCUGGACCCCCUUGACUUUGACCCGAAGACUUUCUUUAAGUUACAUGAUACUAAUGGUGAUGACUUUCUUGAUGAGCAGGAAUUGGAAGCACUGUUUACCAAAGAGCUGGAGAAGAUGUAUGACCCAAAAAAUGAGGAAGAUGACAUGGUGGAGAUGGAGGAAGAGAGGAUCAGAAUGAGGGAACAUGUCAUGAAUGAGGUUGAUGUCAACAAGGAUCGUCUGGUUUCACUAGAAGAGUUUUUAGUUUCAACUGGAAAGAGAGAGUUCUUAGAGCCAGACAGUUGGGAGACUCUGGAACAGGCUCCAGCUUUUACUGAAGAGGAAAUGAAGGAAUUUGAACAGCACUUGGCUGAACAAGAACACGACCUAAAAAAUAAAGCAGACAAUCUUAAUAAACAAAGAGAAGAACUAGAGAGACAACAGGAGCAGCUUAAUGCCCAGAAAUUAGAGCUUCAAAAGGCUGUUGAACAUAUGGAUAAGUUAAAAACUCAAAAAGAACACCCUCCCCCGGGAACCAACGAAGAACAGGCUCAUGAUGGAGGACACCCUAUAGAACGUAAUCAGCCAUUGUCUACAAGUCAUCAUGAGGAACAGACAAAACCACAUCAAUAACCUAUUGUGCCUGUUUUUUACUGGUUUUGUUUACAUAGCAUAUGUAUAUAUGUAUGUCAGUGUUCAAAUGAUAUACAAUGUUUAGUUGUUUAAUUUAAUUUGAACAGGACGUCUCUACCCGAUUACAACCUGACAAUUUUACAGUUUAAAAUUGAACUAUUGUAAUUCUAAUGUUCCAAAUGAUUGUGUUUCAACAUGUCACAAAUGGGGUACUCUACCAAAUGCUGUAAAUUCACUUACUGUAACAUACAUAAGUACCCAAGUUCUAUUUAACCCUGUGAAUCAGUUAAGAGUGUGCUGUCUAUUGUAAGCACAAUCAGGUCCAUACAGGUUUUUUCAUUUUGCAGAGAUCAUGAGGUGCAAUAUAUUUUAAAUUCUGUUUCUAAGCAGUUAGAUGCUCACAUUAUUAUUAUUUUUAUUUAAUUUCAUCAGAGCGCCUGUAAUUUCAUUUUUUUUUUUCAUAAUUCUGAAUUGAAUAAUGCAAAGUAUGCCACUCGACUUUUUACCUUUUUAUCCUGGUAAAUGUUUUGUGCAAAGAAAGAAAUAUGGACCUUUAAACUGCAGAAUGAGUCGAAUCAUCAGCAAUUCUGUUUGUGCUGCCUGAUAUUUAUUAUAUAUUUUGAGCUAAUCUAUAUAUGUAUGUUUUUAUUAGCAAUUAAGUUAGAUACUAGUAAGUAUCUAUACAGUUUAAGUAUGACCAGGGUGAGGAGGUAAAGAUUUAUAGAAAAUUGACACAUGCUGCAGUAUUUUCAUAAUAAUUGCUAUACAUAUGACAUAAUACUCUUGAGUUUAAAGAAUUCUGUAUUACUUUGCCUUUUGAUGCCAUUAAAAUUAAGGACCAAAAUCUGAUUGAACAUUGGCACUGCACUGUAUGUAAAUAUGCUGUAGGACUUCCUGGUCUCGAAAAUAUUUCUAGAAAAAAAAAUAUUUUGAAAAGAAUGCACAGUACUGCCAGCCAAGUUUAAAGACAUCUAUGUUUAAAUUGAAAGGGGCAUUAAAACUAUUCUAAUUCUAAUGUUUUGUUUUUAAUUCAUUUUUAAGUGUUUAAUUUAUUGUAAGCUUAUUUGUUAAAAUGUAUCGUGUAUGAAAUGGAGGUCAGUUGGUAUGUCAGAAUGCACUGUUGUUUUGGUAAAAAUAAAUAAAGCAUUUGACAAUUCAA